GCUGUCUGCUGAUAACCGCUCGUACUGCGGCAAGAUCCUGUAACCUUUUUUUUAUUGAGACUGUUAAAUAAUUAAAAAAUCACUCAUGAUUUGCUCAUGAUAAUAAUGAUUUUUCUGCGAUAUAAGUGUGUAUUAGUAGUGUUUGUUUGUUGUGAUUGCCUGUGAGUACAAUAUAAACCAGCAAACUGGCGAGCGACAGUGGUGAUAGCAAGUCAAACAUGGCUUCUUCAGCACGAUUUAUACAAAGUCCCACCGCAUGGUGUCAGCGGAAAGUGAAUUUAAGACCGCAACAUCGGGGUGUACAUUUGGUAACAGAAGAAAUUUUAAGGCAGUUACCAGAAUUAAAUUCAUUUGUCAUUGGGUUGUGUCACAUUCAAAUACUACAUACUAGUGCAAGUUUAGCCUUGAAUGAAAGUUGGGAUCCAGAUGUAAGGGAUGAUAUGGAAAUGAUGCUAAAUAAAAUUGUUCCUGAGGGUUUACCAUACAGACAUUCUUGUGAAGGUCCUGAUGAUAUGCCUGCUCAUGUAAAAGCAUGCUUUCUCGGCUCCAACCUAACGAUACCAAUAACAGAGGGUAAAUUAAACCUUGGCACAUGGCAGGGCAUCUGGCUGUGCGAACAUCGGGACCACGCGGGCUCUCGAAAAUUGAUGGUCACUUUAAAUGGUUGCCUACGAGACAACGCCUGUACUCCUUUGUCCCCAGUGAGCCCGAUGGCAAGCACCAGCAGUUAGGGAAAGCACUCGGGACAUUCGCUGUCCAAGCACUGAUUGUCCCGAGUUAUAAAACUUAAAAUAUUAAAUUCACAUUUAGUGAACUCACACAGACUUGAAAUAAAUAAAAUAUUACGACAAUAUGUACAUAGUUGUACAUUGUAAUAUACUGUUUUCUUUUUAUAUAGAUAAGUGGGGUUAACAAUUAUUUUUACGUGGAACAGUGUUUUGAUUCUAACAUGAAUUAUCAGUAGCCAUACCUACAAUUAUUAAACAGUACUUUCAGUUGAAAAAUUGUAGUUGUCAUUAACCUGAUAUUUAAAUCCUUUUUUGAUUGUUUAAUUGAAGUGGAAAUAAUAUAAAUAUAUAUAUAUAUAUAUAUAUAUAUAUAUAUAUAUAUAUUUCUUGAUUUAUACCGACUUUUCAUCUUUUAUAAUUUUUAUAUAAUGAAACUGUUAUCUGUAUUGAUUUAGUAAUUACUAGGUUUUAAUUUCAGUGUUUACUAUAAUGUUCACUUUCAAAAUGUGUAACAAAAUUUUGUUAAUUUACCUAACCUUGACAUAGAAUGAACUUGUUUUGUAAUGUAAUGUACUAUAUCCCAACAAUUUGUCAGGAAUGGUGAAUUAAGUAUAGCUAAGCUAAUUGGAAGCAGGUUUUCAAUAAUUUGAAAGCAAAUUUUGUUAAAUGCAUAUUCUGAUUUUAGUUUACUUAAUUUUGUCAUUGAUUUACAUUGUGUUUAAUGUAUUUUUCAAUGACUUAUACAAAAUAUUUUUAUUUCAUAAUUGUUUCUCUCAUUACAUGGUUUCAUGUAUAUAGUAACUUAGUCUGUGACAGGGAGUAUUUAAUUUUAGUAUUUAAUUGAUUUUUAUUUAUGAAUUUUAUUGAUUUAGCUCAAUAUGUUCUUCAAAAAUAAUAUAAUUUAUUUUUCCAAGUGGGGAUAAUUUUUUAAAUUGUCAUGUCUAGAAGGAGUUGUAACAGUUUUAUGACAAUUCUUUAAAUAUAAAACUCUAAAAUUUACUAGGAUGUGUUUGUCUGGAGCUCCUUGUCAUGUAUUUUCAUGUUGUGUGCAUUUUAUUUAAUAUAUUGAAUUUUAACUAAUUUACCAUUGGAGACCUUCAUAGAGGAUACACCAUUUAAUACUACAACAACAACACGCACAAUUAGGGUCGGUAUUAUAAAGUCUAGUUGACCGAAGGUUGAGAUUCAACUGUUAGUUGAAGCCGAAUUUACGUAUUAUGAAAGUUAACCAGUGAAAACUUCAAAAAGGAAAGAUUAAUAAUAUGAAAUACGAAAAGUAGCUUUUCUUAAUUAAUUAAAGCAAAUCGAGGAUAGCCCGGGUGUGGUAAAUUUUCAAAUCAUCCUGCCAAUAGUGUAAUUCGAACUGUUAAUGUAGUUGUAGUAAAUAGUGUAUUUUGUAGAGGGUGCAGGUAAUAAGAAAUGAUAUGUCACCCAAAUAUAAACAAAUGUCGAGUGCAUUUUGAUUUUUUUCCACAAUCUAGUUUUCAAAGUACUAAAGUCUCAACAUGAUAAUUUGUUGAAUUAUAAAAUACAAGAAACUAUGUAAAAAGAAAAAAAUUCACAGAUAGUGAUUUAGUAAAAAUAUUUGGAUGUAUGUUAAAAUUGUUUUCAAGCUUGUAUUUUAAAAUAAACUUGUUACUUUUUUGAGAUAUAAUAAGAUAGCAUGAUUGCAAAUGUAAUCUGAUUAUAAAAAAAUUAUUUGUUUCAAUUCGUAGUAUUUUAAGUGAAUACUAUUUUUUGGAUGCAUUUUAAAACAUUGUUCCACGAUUUAGGUGCUGUGCAUUUAUUUAAUAGUUAACAUGAUUAGGAGUGAUAGUUAAAUAAUUGGAAUGUCUUUGAGGAUAAUUCCAAGCGUGUUCUAGGAUGUACAAUGGGGAUAAAAAAGUUCAAGUUUUUCAUAUUAUUAUUCAAGUAGACUGUUCGUAAAUUGGUUCAGGAUAAAGUUGAAUGGUUAUACAGUUCGUCGUAAUUAUCUAAUCCUUAAAUAAACUGACAAAUAAUACAUAAAAACAAAAAAAUACCUCAGUAUUGGUUUGUAAUAAAAUGUAAAUAUUCUGUUUACAAUAUUCAGUAAUUCAAUAAUGACUUUUAAGACACUCUGUAUCUUGUGAUGGCCGUAUUGUUAUUUGAAUAGGAAAUUGUAUUUUUUUUUGGAAUAUAUGAAUUAUGAAUAUUAUUUGCUUAUUAUUUUUUUUUAAUAUUUUGUAUUUUUUAGAUUUUAUCUUAUUAAGGGAAUUCUCAAUAUUGUGCAUAUCCUUAAUAGACCUUUUCAUACACACAGAUUGGUUAUGUAUGCUGAAUGAUACAGUUUUGCGGUUAUUUUAUUGGCUUUAAUUUAAUAAUAAAUAAUCAGUAUUUUGUACAGUAAUUUUAUACUUUCGCGGUCCCCUCGUUUUUGGCUCUAGAAAAAUCAUCCUAUUUCAAUGAUUUUUUUUUAAAUCUUCGUUUUUACGGUGGAUUUAUGAAAAAAUUACAUAAUCUACACAAAAAACAAACAUUUUGGAAACAGAAAAAUUUUAAAAUGUUUGUUUAUUCAUUUUUUAUCUCUAACAGUCAAUCUUAGUGAGAUACCACUUUUUAAUGGCUAAAAUUUUCAAAGUUAACUUUUGAUAUUGUACACUUGAUUACAAUAACUGAUUUUAAGAAAGUUUUUGUUCAUAUAACUUUAAUGAUUACUUAAUAAAAAAAGUACAAACGAUUAUAUGUGAGAAAAGGUCAAUGUUAAGAGAAAUUGUACAUGAAAAUCAACAUUUUUGUAUAAUUUUUUUUUCAAUUUGUUCGUUUUUUGUGUUGAUUGUGAAAAAAAAUAUAACAACUUAAUUUGAUUAUUUGGAAAAAAGUUAUCAAUAAUUAUACGUGAAUGAGUGUAUUUUCAUGAACAUUUAAAGCCCUGAAACCAAUAUAAGUUUUCAUCUCUUUCAAACCCAUAAUUUUUUUCGUAAAUUCGCCGUAAAAACGAAGAUUUUAAAAAAAAAUUCAUGGAAAUUGGAUGAUUUUUCGAUUUUCUAGAGCCAAAAAACGAGGGGACCGCUAAACUAUUGAAAUUACCCUUUGAAGCAUAUGAACAAUUCUCAUGUGGUUUGAAAAAGCAUUUUAUUCUGAGGAAUACAAAUCAUAUUUACUUUAUUUCUGUCUCUUUAUUUUUCAAUAUUUCAUGCUUGUAUAUUGUGUUUGCCUAAUUGCUAAUUUCUGAAAUGUCACCACAUAAAUGACUAAACUUCGUUUUGUUUCCCGAAUAUUUUUAAUUGAAUAUUGGUUUUCAAAAUAUUUUCCUAGAUGGUUUGCAGAGGUUUUGAUUUUUCUGAUGGAAUGUCGCAGAGCUUGUAUUUUGUUAUUGAGAACAGUUAAAUAUUUUUUGUGAUAGGUACUUCUAUUUUUCUUGGUAUGGAUUCUUCUAUUUAUCCUUCAGCUACGUUGAAAGCACGUCAUCCAAUAUAUUAUGACGAUCUAUGUUCUGAUUCUGAUUUCUGAAGUUAAAUGUGAGUUUAUGCUAAACACCUUCUAUUUUUUGUUGUAAUUAUUUGAAAACAGAAAAAGGAAUUUGAAAAUUGUAGAGUAUGAUGUUCCGUAGAAAAUUUAUCUUGUUUUGACAUCCUAAAUCAUCAUUAAAUAUACUUUUCAAUUAUUAUACUUGUCAGAAAUAUUAAUGCUUUAGUGCUUUUUGAUCUACUGGUAAGAUAAUUGUAAUAUUUUCAGUCUUAAGUUGUAGUCCUUGACUUAUUAUUUAGACUUUCGACCACAAGAAAAAAAAAUUUUCUCAAGUUACAUUAUGAUUACAUCAUCUGACGACUUCCGUUUGUUAAAAAGUUAAAGAAGAUGAUACCCAAUUUAAUCGAAAUUAAAGACAUUAUAAGAUAUUAUUUACAAAUACAUAUAUAAAUACAAUUUUAGGUUCUGUUAAGUGAAAAGGUCUAUAGUUGUUUAAAUAUGUGGUUGUAACAAGAAACGAUAAACAUGGUUUAAUUAUUGUACUACUUAUGACAAUAAUUUAUUCUGUAUAAAUAUUAAUAAUUGUUUGAAAUUUUCGUGUGUAACAGUUUACUUGAUUGAAAUGUAUAUAGUAACAUUACGGGUUGUAUAUAUUGUGUGUUGUUAUGGACUGAAUCUUUCUGUCUUCCUCUGUCUCUCUAGUAAUAUUCCAGUAGAUUCUUUUCAAUUUUUAGUCCAGUAAAUAAUUCGAUUAUAACAAUGUAAGUAUGCAAGAUGUUUAAUACGUUGAGCCUGCAAGCCUGAACAUUCUCCAUUUAUAAGUGCUUUACAGUUUGGCUGGACGGUCCUGGGUCGUCACCAUACAUUUGUUGACCCUCAACUCCAUUGUAAAACAAUAGAGUCACUUUUCAUAAUUUUUAUUAUGAUGCCUUGAUCGAAACACAUCGUACAUUUUUGUACACUUUACAUAAAAGCAUAAAUCAUCGUUCAAAGGAUAGAGAAGCAAACAAAAUUUUGUUUUUCCAUACUGUAAGUAGGGUGUACCUUGGAAUCACACCCCAAGUGAAGUCUAAAAUCACAAAAAAAUUUUUUGGGCCGAGCGAAAAGUUGGAACAAUUUUGGUUGGGGCUCAACGUGUUAAGUAUAUUAAAUAUUUUUAAUACUCUGCUUCUACAAAACCCAAAAGAAUGUUUUAAUUAGUGAGUUGCCAUACAAUUUGUUUAUACUUAAUUGAAGUUUACUGUGUUUGUAAGUCUGUUGACAAAAAUUACUCCAUAAAAUGUAAAGUUGUAUCUUGCAUAUUUACAUUGUUCGAUAAUGAUCUAUAAAAUACAACGAUUAAUUAAUUGAAAUAAAUUGAAAGUCUUGCAGUUUCUCACAACGGUGUUACUUUUAAUCACAAAGGUUCAAUUAGACUAAAUAAAUGCAAAAUAGUAGCCAAAAAGAGAUAACAAGUAAUCAAAGUAAGGUUUCAAAAUAAUUUUUUAUUUUCAAGGUUGUUUAUAUGUAAACAUAAACUUUUAUUUGAUAUAAUAAUAUUUUUAUCAACUUUCUUAUGUUAUAAUAAUAAAAUAAUAGGAGAACUUAUUAAUUUUAAAACAACCAGUAAUCAAAUUCUUUCUAUUUCUCUCUACUAUUCACCUCUGAAAUAAUUCCGAAAUUCGAUAUUUCGGAUAUGUAUUUCGCCGUUCUUCAAAGGAGAAAACAACUACUUUCCUGGCUAAUGCCUCUGUGUGAGCGUGACGUAAAUCGACAUUCUUGUCGAUAUUAACAUCCCAAAUGGCUCGCAAUUGCAAGGAGAGGGUAUAACUACUGACUAGUUUCGACGUUGUUACAUCUUAUCAGAGCAAUUUAACGCCCCUCGUUCGGGCUUGAGACCUGAAUUGAAGACAACGUCAAAGAGCGUCGCAUUUGGCAUACCUAGUGGCGCCAUCCUCACUUCCAACUGCGAACCAUUAGUCAGAGAAAACAACUUCCUCUCCUGGCUAAUGCCUCGACGAAUAUUGAAUUACAACUCCUAUUCCUGCAGGAGUUGUUCUUUGACUAAUUUAUUGUGGUGAGUCAAUUCACGUUCUAAACAUUUUCUUCUUUAAACUAAAGUCCGUUACAUGUUUUGGCUUUUUGGAAUUCCUUUCGUCAAUGCUUUUUUCUCGGUACUUCCUCAGAAAUACUCGGAUGUCAAGGGAAACCGGAGGAAUUCGGGAUCUUUCAAUCAGAUGUGGUUUCAUGAGAUCAUAGGCAUCAUUUUCGCAUCAUCAUACUAGAGGUAUACUGCCAUACCGAUUGUCCAUCGCUAUGUUCCUACCAUCUCCCCAAAUUGGAGAAGUAAAACGUAGCAUGAUGUCAUGAGGGUUGUUGCUUAUUUGAUAGGAUCCUUCUGGCUGUUUGAAUGAAAGAACAUCUACCCCUAAAUGCCUCCAAUUUCUCAUCUAUUGUAAUAAAUUCUCCUUAAGAAUUAAUUUAAAACAAUUUUCCUUAAAUUUUCCCAUCAAAGCGUUAAAACAAAAAUUUUUGUAAGACAUAUUUGCCCUAAGAAUGCUCAAACCUGAACCAUCAUGGUACUAAGUACAAUAUACCAAAGACUGCCUACAACAUCCGCAAUGCUUCUUUCUAAAGAUGGAGAUUGAGGCUUUUUAGGUCUUUUGUUUUAAAUUGUUGAUGAGAAUCGUCAUGAAUCACACAAUAUUCUCACAAGAUACACCCCAAUAUUUCCCUAGUUAAUUUCAUUUAAAGUAAUAUUUUGCUAUUUUAAGCAAAUUGAUUGUUAAAAACAGAAUUUUUAAUUUGUGAUUACUCUGCUAUUACUCUUAUCAAUUUUUGAUAAUGUUGGUUGUUGUAUUUUUUAGUCCAAUUGAAUAUAUUCAUGUUUUUCAGUCACAUAUGCAUGCACGUUGUUAUAUGACACUAAUUGGAUAAAUAUAUUACAAUUUGGUGAUAAAUAUAUACAAUUUAAGUUGGUUAGUUGCGAAAGAAUGUUAAUUUUCUUUUAAUCGAAAAUUAUCAUUUUUGAGUAGAUCUGCACUAUUGUCAUUUAUAUUAACAGGAACCAUCAAAAGAAAUUGUUGGGUUCGUAUCAUUUAAAAAAAUCUUGUCACUGCACUUCAUGGUUGUGUAGAUUAUUCUAAAAAAACUAUUUAAAUUUAUUAGAUUGAAUAUAGGACAAAUAGAAAGUUUGAAACAAAUUACAAGCCACGCAAUUGCAAAUAAUUUUUUGCACGUGUGGCAUAAAUACUCCAAAAUAUCUCCAAAAGUCUUGGCCCCUUGGUUAUUCACUAAAAAACAUUUUCAAAUUUAUUUACUGUGCUAAAUCUUAUACUAUAGUGUAAUAACAAUAUACGCGAAGAAAAAAAAAUUAAAUUUACGUAACCAAGAAUAUACAGUUAGGUAGUAAACCAAGUCACGAAAAAUGUGCAAAAUAUUGAAGUGUAAGAAUUUUUAUUUUGAAAAAAAGAUAUAAUGUAAUAAAAAAAAAUUGAUAGUUUCCAUGACCACCUCUUCUUGUAAUUAAUUGGCCAACGCAUCUCGACAUCCCGCGAACCAAGUUAUCGAUAACGUGGUCAGCCAUAUUGUCCCUCUCUUCUAGAAACGGCAGCAUUCAGAUCUUGAAGAGUUACAGGUGGGUUUUCUCAAUUGGAUAUUGCUCUACCAAUAUAAUCCCACACAUGUUCAAUGGGAUUCAAGUCCGAUGAUUUUGCUAGCCAAUUCAUUAUUUGGAUAUCUCCUUUCUCUAGGAUGUUUUAUACCAUUUCUUGGGGGAUUGUAAUGAACUAGUUGGAUGAAGUGGACUGUCGUGUUUGUCGUUCACUACAGCACCCAAGUAGAUGUGUUGUUUUCUUCGACGAGGUUGCGGAAUGAAGGACCAGCCGUAAUUUUAAGUAACGUUUAAUAAAAACACUUAAAUACGACAAUAUUACACGUAAAUCGAUGUACAAAAUAAGCAACAAGAUAAAUCAACAAGAAUGUCCACAGUGAUAUAUAGUUGGUUACAAAAGAUAGCGAAGUUUAUAUGUAUAUUUUUCCGGUUAUUCUUGAACGAAGUAACAGAAAAUUGCACGUUUUAUGUUGCGUCGUAACGCGAGAGAUAUUUUGAUUAUUCAGGUAAAUCGUAAUUUUGCCCGUUUGUAAGGUUAAGAUUUUUUUAUGAGUUGAUAAGUGAGAGAGAAUCGUUAAGUUGAUUUAUAUAUAGUUCGUUAGUUUUAACGCGCACUGUAUGUUUAGUUUCUGUUUACUGUGGAUUUUUUUUUCUCACUGUUCUGUACUGUGUUACUUUCUGCUCUCUUACUGUGUCGUGCAUGAAUGUUAAAUUUUAUUUAUAUGGGCUAAAAUGGGGGUUAAAAGUAUCCCAAUAUCGUGGUAAUAUUUUGUGUUAAUUGCCGUGAAGCAAUAAAAAGAAUCUAUAUUUUUCAAACAGAUUUUUUGAAAUUUCUCUUUUGUUUGUAUAAGGGUUAACCAGAUGGACUUUGAAUAGUUUGUAAAAGUAUAAUGAAGGUUUUCCAAAGUUUUCAAUAGUAAUUGCUUUUGUGUUUAUUUGAGAGAAAGUUAUUAGUGACACUUUAGAAAUUUAACGAUUGGUCUCUUGCGGAGAGAGAGAGAGUUAUUUAUUAGGGGUUUAAAGGUACAAAGGACAUUCGACAUUUGUCAUUGUCUGAAAAUUCAUAAAAUUGUGAAAGUCUUAACGAUUAUGGUAUUUACAGUAUGUUGAAUCGCAACACCAUUUCAUUGCAUUAUCAUCUUGAAAAAUAAAAUUUGCUCCAUAUUCAUUGCACAAGGGCUGAACUAUCGGUCUUAUGAUGUUUUAAGCGUAUAUGGUACCUGUCAUUGUUCGCUAAAUGACAAUAAUUGGAGUACGGCGACUAUACAUUAGACCCCACAAAACAUCACGGAUACGCCAUGAUAGGGAACAACAUUUCUGGUCAAAUUGAGUUGAUCCUUUCUACCUGGGCCUCUCCAGACCCUUUCCCGCCGACUUUUACAGUGGAUACCAAAUCGGGACUCGUCGGAAAAAAGAACGUUGCGCCAUUGUUGUGAAACCCAAUCCCUUUGCUCUUGAACCCAUUAGAGUCGGGCAGCUAUGUGUCGUAGUGAUAGUCUAGGCACCCUUAAAUGUCUUCUUGCCCUUAGAUUCGAUGAAUGUAAUCUCCUUAUGAUAGUACUUCUCGAAACUACUCUUCGGUAUGUUAGCAAAAUGUGACUUCGAACCGUUAGUGGUAUAAAUUAGCUAUGUAACGGUUUUCCUUCUCUGAUGUAACUCUGGAACAACCCGUAACCAGUCCUGGAAAAGGGCCCCACCGAAGUCCGUGACAUAUAUUCUUGAUGUAAGGCCACUGUUCUUGCUCGAUCAAACAGAUAUCAUAUUACCCGGAAUUUUCAACAAAAUUUAAAUGAACUCGCUGUCAAGUUGCAUCGUUAAAUCUGAUUUCUUUUACAAAAAUUCAAAAUAUUUGCCACAAAGUUGAAAAACAAAAAAUUGGCUAUGGGGAAACUUUAAAGUUUGCAAGGGUUAAGGUUAAGACUUUUGGAGAUGUGUGAAUAAUUAAUGCAAUAUAAAAUGUUCAGCUCACGUUAAAUAUAUAAAUCUUAAAUAUACAAGGUGGUCCAGAAUUAUCUAGAAUAUUUUCUUGACCUGAUAGUAUAUCUUAAAAUAAGAGUUCUCCUUUAUCAUUUAAAUGCCUCUAAGGGGGUAAAUUGAGAACCUUAUUCUUUCAAAUAUG